CUUCUCAUUUCAUAAAACCUUUUGUAUUUCUCAUCUCCAUUAUGCCUAGCAGAGGAUGUGGACUGAAUUCUGGUCAUGUCAGGAAUAACAACCACCACAGGAGAUAAGGUUCUUGCCAUUCCAGUAUGUGUCUGCCUGGCUUUUCUGAUGGGUGACUUGAGACAGUUAUUAAUACAGUGUGAACCUCCAUUUUCUCAACUAUUAAAUGACAGUUAUUAAUACCCAGUUUGGAGGGUUAUUAGGGCAGUUAAAGGAGUUUAUGUAUGUAGAACAGUAUAUACUGUAGAACAGUCCUCAGUAAAUAGAGGUUGGCAUUAAUAUUUGCAUGGUAGGAUAUUUGGGUUUUUAAUGGCUGUCACGUGUUUCAUCUGCACAGAGAUGGCUAAUGAGUGGUGUUUGAUGAUUGAGGGAAAAUGUCUGUUGCUUAAUGAUGGAUAUUGUGAACCAGUUACCCAGACACUCCAGUAUUCAAAGAGAAAUUGAGAUCAAGUUCUUAAUUUAAACUCAGAAGCUUCUCUGAAGUGGUCUUCUGAGUGAGAUAUGGAAUAUUCUGGAAACUCUAUCAGAUCACAGGAUGGAAGCCCUUGAUGUGAAUCAGGUGUAUGGUGAGUCCUUAUUAAUGCUUCUUUUUAUGUAGUUCCUUCACAAGUGGCAGAUCCAGUGCUCAGUGCUCAGAGCCUGAGUGAUGGUGCAGUGGGCCAUAGAAGAACAAUGGAAAUGAGCAGAGCAUGUAUAAGUCAGGUUCCUGGGAUUUGGGAGGCAAGAAGGUGUGUGUGCUGUUUGAGGGAAUAACAUGUUCAUGAAUUCUGUUGUGUCAGACAGCUCUGUCUCUCUCUACUGUAAUUUGUGUAACUCCAAGGUGGAAUAUUUAACCUGUUUCUUAUGGGUAGCAAGAUCCAGAAAACCAUUUUUUGCUCCAGGUAACUCAGCACUUUGCCAGUUUAUGGAAUUAGUGUGUUUGUGGUAUGUUCUGUGCAUGGUGUGGAAUAGCUUAUAAGCAUGUUAUUACUGGAAUUGGAUUGGCUUCCAAGUUCAUGGCAUUCUUCUCUCUGAGGUUAUCUUUCUCAGAACCCUUUCUGUCUUCCUGAGGGGAAGAUUGAGGAGGCAAAGAUGGUGGCUGGGUUACUGAUGGAUUCUUCUCAGUCUUUCAUACAUCUUCCUGAGAACCUCAAAGAAGACAGUGGUUAGCUGAAGCCAGUAUGUAUUUGAUGGUUUAGCACUUAGUGACCUUCGAGGAUGUGGCUGUGACCUUUACCCAGGAGGAGUGGACUUUGUUGGAUCAAACACAGAGAGAUCUCUACAGAGAUGUGAUGUUGGAGAACUACCAGAAUCUCAUUAUACUAGGAUACGAAUCAUGCAAACCUGAUCUCAACUCUCUAAUGGGAGGAGCAGAAGAGCUGAGGACAGGAGGGAGAAGAAUUCUGCAGGAAUUGGAUUUGCAGCUCAAAACUAAAGGUUUCACAGCCCUUCAGGAUAUUUCUUUGGAAAAAACAUCAAAUGGAAUACAACUGGAGAGAAGCAAUGCUGGAGUGAAACGAUAUGGCUCUAACUUGUGUGGAAGAGCGUUUAGUGGACGCUCAUUUAUGACUCCCAGUAGACAGAAAACUUCUAAGGGUAAUCAGAAUGGAAAAGCCUUUAAAAAGAACUUUAUUUGUACUCUGCUCACGGAAAUCCCCAUUGGGGAGAAAACUUCGGAGAGUGUCCAGCAUGAUAAAGCCUUUGGUCAGCCUUCAGAUCUUACUGGGCACAAGAAAACUCAGACACGAGGGAACGUGUGUGAAUGCAAAGAGUGUCAGAGAACUUCUGUUAAUCAGUCAUCCCUUAAGGCACACAGGAGACACCACACUGGAGAAAAACCAUAUGAAUGUAAAGAAUGUGGGAAGGUCUUCACUCAUUCCUCGUACCCUACAGAUCAUAGAAGAAUUCACAGUGGAAAAAAGCCCUAUGUGUGCGUGGAAUGUGGGAAAGCCUUUACUCGAUCCACAGGACUUAUUUUACACAUGCGAAUUCACACUGGAGAAAAACCAUAUGAAUGUAAGGAAUGUGGAAAAGCUUUUAUUCACUCUUCAUACCUUACAAAACACGUAAGAAUUCACAGUGGAGAAAAGCCAUAUUUAUGUAAGGAGUGUGGGAAAACUUUCACUCGCUCCUCAGGACUUGUCUUACAUGUGCGAACACACACUGGAGAGAAACCCUAUAUAUGUAAAGAAUGUGGGAAAGCCUUUAAUAAUUCUUCAAUGCUCAGUCAGCAUGUCAGGACACACACUGGCGAGAAGCCAUACGAAUGCAAGCAAUGUGGGAAAGCUUUCACUCAGUCUUCAGGCCUUACCACACACUUAAGAACUCACACUGGAGAGAAGGCCUUUGCAUGUAAAGAAUGUGGGAAAGGUUUUGCUCGUUCUACGAAUCUUAAUAUGCACAUGCGAACGCACACUGGCGAAAAACCGUACAAAUGUAAAGAAUGUGGGAAAGCCUUUAGGUACUCCACAUGCCUUAAUAUUCACAUGCGAACUCACACUGGAGAGAAACCAUAUAAAUGUAAGGACUGUGGGAAAACCUUCACUCAAUCUUCGGCACUUGCUAAACAUUUAAGAACUAAGGCAUGUGGAAAAACCUGUAAAUGUUCUUCAGACCUUAGUAUUCACAUCUAAACUCAUCUGGAUAAAAAGUACCUUAUGAAAGUAAAGAAUGUGUGAGAAAGCUUUA